AUGGAGGGGAGUCCUAUCCCUGUGCUCACCGUGCAGACGGCGCCGUACGAGGACCAGAGGCCGGCGGGCGGCGGGGGGCUGAGGAGGCCCACGGCGGCCUUCGAGAGCCAGCGGAACUACCUGCCCAACUUCGUCCAAAGCGUGCUGUCCUCCAUUGACCUGCGCGACCGCCAGGGCUGUACCAUGGUGGUGGGCAGCGACGGCCGGUACUUCAGCAAGACGGCCAUCGAGGUGGUGGUGCAGAUGGCGGCGGCCAACGGGAUUGGAAGAUUGGUUAUUGGUCAGAAUGGGAUCUUGUCUACUCCUGCAGUGUCAUGCAUUAUCCGGAAGAUAAAAGCAACCGGUGGGAUUAUUCUGACAGCUAGUCACAGUCCUGGAGGACCUGGAGGAGAAUUUGGAAUUAAGUUUAAUAUUGCCAAUGGAGGACCUGCUCCAGAUGUUGUUUCUGAUAAAAUCUACCAGAUCAGCAAAACCCUAGAAGAAUAUGCUAUUUGUCCUGAUUUGAGAAUUGACUUAACUCGGCUAGGAAGACAAGAAUUUGAUUUGGAGAACAAAUUCAAACCUUUCCGAGUUGAGAUAAUCGAUUCUGUGGAAGUGUACCUCAACCUGCUGCGGACAUUGUUUGACUUCAGUGCAAUCAGAAGUUUGCUAACAGAGUCAGACCAACUUAAGAUAAGGAUUGAUGCUAUGAAUGGAGUGAUGGGUCCCUAUGUCCGAAGAAUCCUGUGUGAUGAAUUAGGAGCUCCUGCUAAUUCUGCAGUAAACUGUGUUCCUCUGGAGGAUUUUGGAGGCCAAUAUCCCGACCCAAACCUGACAUAUGCAGCUUCUUUAAUAGAGGCAAUGAAAGGAGGAGAGUAUAGAUUUGGAGCUGCUUUUGAUGCGGAUGGAGACCGCUAUAUGAUCUUGGGUCAAAAUGGAUUUUUUGUGAACCCUUCUGAUUCACUGGCCGUCAUUGCUGCCAAUCUCCAGUGCAUUCCGUAUUUCUGUCAGAUGCCUGUGCGAGGCUUUGGUAGAAGCAUGCCAACCAGUACUGCACUGGACAGGGUGGCAAAAUCCAUGAAAGUUCCUGUGUAUGAAACACCAUCAGGCUGGAGGUUCUUCUCAAAUCUGAUGGAUUCGGGGCGAUGCUCACUCUGUGGAGAAGAAAGCUUUGGCACUGGUUCUGACCACAUCCGAGAGAAGGAUGGGCUUUGGGCUGUCCUAGUUUGGCUCUCUAUCAUGGCAGCCAGGAAGCAGAGUGUGGAAGAGAUUGUCAGAGAACACUGGGCUAAAUUUGGCCGUCAUUAUUACUGCAGGUUUGAUUAUGAAGCACUGGAUCCUAAAACAGCAUAUUUUAUAAUGAGAGACCUGGAAGCUUUGAUCACUGACAAGUCAUUCAGUAAUCAGCAGUUUGCUGUUGGAAGCAAUGUCUACAGUGUGCAAAAAGCAAGUAGCUUUGAAUAUGUGGAUCCCGUAGAUGGCACUGUGACCAAAAGACAGGGGCUGAGGAUAAUCCUCUCAGAUGCAUCCAGGCUCAUCUUCAGAUUAAGCACUUCUAGUCAUGUGCGAGCCACUCUCAGGAUUUAUGCAGAAAGCUAUGAAAAGGACCCCAGCAAACAUGACAGGGAGCCGCAGGCUGUACUGAGUCCUCUCAUAGCAAUUGCACUGAAAAUAUCUCAGAUUCACGAGAGGACAGGUCGUAAGGGUCCUACUGUCAUCACCUGAACCAAGGAAGGAUAACUAACCCAGGGCCAAAAAUGGGAAAGCAAGGGAGGAGGAAGCUCUUCCCAAACAUGCCAGCUGUUUGUGCCUUUGUAUUGCGCUAAGGGUUUGAGGUCAAUAGGGAGGGCAGGGGAGGGGGGACAAAAGUUCAUUUCUGAUCAUAUUGUUCUGCUAAGACUGGUGCAUUUAAUUCUGUCCUAUGG